CGACUUUCAAUUGUUUAAAACAAUUAUCCUGACUUUAAUACAAAAUUCACUAAAAUGUAUUUUCUGACAUAUCUAGCCCUAUUAGCAGCCAUUUUUGGUUUAUCAGCUGCUGGUUAUAUUCCUCUUGAUCAUAAUAACGAUCAUGGUCAUGAUGAUGGCCAUUAUUCUGUAUUAACUGAACAUGAUCACAGUGGUGGUAGUAAAUAUAAUGGUGGUCAUGCCAUUGUGCGUACCUGGAGUCAGGAUCAUGGUCAUGCCGGAGGCGAUUAUGCUGAACAUGAUGGUGGUUAUAGCGGUGGAGACUAUGCUGAACAUGAUGGCGGUCACUAUGUAGGAGGACACCACGAUGGACAUGAUGCUGGCCAUGAUCAUCAUCAUGCUUAUCCCAAAUAUGAAUUUAGCUAUGGCGUCAAAGACGCCAAAACCGGUGAUAUCAAAAGUCAAACUGAGUCCAGAGAUGGUGACAAUGUUAAAGGCAGCUAUACUCUCAAGGAAGCCGAUGGUACCACUCGUCAUGUAGAAUAUUCCGCUGAUAAACACAAAGGUUUUAAUGCGGUUGUUCACACCUUGGGUCAUGCUAAUGCUGGACAUGCUGGAGAAUAUGGUCAUGAUGGUCACAGUCAUAAUUAUGGUCAUGCUGAUGUCCAUGGCAAGGCUAGCAGUUAUAUAAUUGUUAAGAAACAAGAGGAAACGAAACAUUGAAAAAUAGAUGUUAAUUGUUAAAUUCAAUAAAAUGGCGGAAUUUUAAA